UACUCAUAUUUUAUUUUUAAAUCAGACGGUCGAACCGCACCUUUUUUCCUCACUUGCUAGGGCGUAUAUAAGGUUCCGGUACUUGUACCGUGUUUGCUGACAGUACAAAAUUUUUCAAACGGGUAAAAUACAUGAUGCAUCUACAUUUUCUCGCAAUAUUGCCAGUAUUCGCCGGGUUGGCGAAUGCAGAUCUAAGUUAUUUUAUUAUCGGGCCUAAAACUAUAUAUUCCAACAGCACAUUUCCUAUUUCCAUAUUGUGCCGGAAUGCCUCGUCUGAUGUUAAGGUGGAUGUCACUAUCCGACCAUGGGAUGUGCGCGCGUCAGAAGACGACGAACCACACCAAUCGACCGAGCCUGCUUUGAUCAAAUCCUUUGCAAUUAAACCAAACGAAUUCAGCAAACUGGAAAUUAGUGUCCCUGAUUUAUCCCAAUAUGCGACGAACAAAAAAGGAUUCGCAUUGUCCAUUAAUGGAACAGACUCCAAGGAGCACUUCAGUUUAAAUUAUGCUCGGCCAGUAUCAAUUGGAGCACAACCUGCCACAACCAAUAAAAUAUUUGCUUUUAUUCAAACUGAUCAGCCGUUGUACAAAGCCAAAGAUACAGUGCUCUUCCGCAUUGUUACUGUGGAUCGGCAGCUUUUGCCGUUUCGCUUUCCGCUUACCGUACGAAUACUGGAUCCCCAACACAACAUCGUCAAGCAAUACAGCAACGCCACCGAUCCAAAUGUGGCGGGUUAUUUUGCCGGAGAUUUUCUGCUGUCAGCCGAGCCAUUGUUGGGCUCGUGGACCAUUCAAGCGCGCACUUUGGAUUCCCAGGUUCUCGUCGGGACCACACAAUUUUCUGUUGAUGAAUACGUGCUGCCACGAUUCGACGUGAAAAUUCUGUCACUUCCAAGUUUUGUGACCUCUGGCGAUGCUACGCUCAACUUUUUUGUCGAAGCAAAUUACACAUUUGGUGAGCCUGUAAAAGGUAAACUGGAAGUCACGUGGACAAAAUCUUAUUCUACCAAUGCAGUGAACCAAAGCACGUCAAUUAUGGAUUUCAACGGGCGUUCACUCGUAACGCUGCCGCUCAGCGGUGCAGUCAGCCCGGAUGGAGAUUACAGUGCUAACGAUAAACUGGAGAUCAAAGUGAACUUCACGGAAGCGCUAACCGGACAGACGAAGGCUGCCGUGGGCUCUGUUUCCGUUAGGAGCAGCGUACCAAAAUACAAGAUCACAUUACUCGACAACGCUUACAAUACCAUAUUUACCCCCGGAAAGCCUUUCCACUUUCGCAUCCGCAUUAGCGAUCAGGACGGACGUCCGCCUCCUCCAAACACAAAGCAGAUGAAACUUCAGUACUUACUCUAUGAUAAACGCUUACCGGGUGCGGGAGAGAUGAUCGUGGUCAAUGACAGCGCAAGCCGGAACAUCAGCUUGGAAAGCGAUGAAGAUCAAUACUUGUCGCCACUGGAAACCGUUUUCUAUCUUAAUAUUCCAGCCAGUGGUAUUGUCGAUGUGGAUAUCCCAACGCCUACAAAUGCCCGUCGGAUACAGCUUCGGGUGGAAUACAUGGAUGAUCAAGAGCGAUGGGCGGUCCUGGGAAGGGAAUCUCCAAGCAUCAGCUUUCUUGAUAUCAAACCGUUGUCGGAAGAACUUCGACGCGGAGAAAUGGCCACAUUUGGAAUCAACAUGACAACCCGAACAAACGAGACAAUUCAUUUCAUGGUUCAGUCCAAUUCAAACGACAGUUUUCUGUGGAUUAAUUCUACUUCCGAACCCGGUGCGUACAUCGUGAUUUCCGUGCCCUUGCUGGAUUCCGUGGGUCUCGUCGGACGAUUAACGGUUUUCUAUAUUCGCAAUGAUGGGGAAAUAGUUGGGAACGUCUUCCGGUUUUUAAUCAAUUUGCCAGUGGCAAAAACCGAGGUCACUGUUUCUGCCGAAGCAAAAAGCGGACUGGCGUACGCUCAACCCGGGGAAGAAGCGCUGUUCAAAGCCAGAACCAGCCCAUCCUCAUUUGUUGCCUUUCUGGCUGUGGAUGAAAGUAUGCUGUUACUUAAAAGCGGGAACGACCUUUCUUUGGAGGAAAUGACUGAGGCUAUCAAAGUGAAACCGGAUCCGCUCCCAUCCGACAUGUAUUCCGUCAAAGAUUAUUUCGAGAGAAUUUACACCGGCCAGUUCGUACUGACAAAUGAAAAGCUGCUUCGGACAGAAUUCAGGACCAUACAUUAUGACGAUGAUGAAGAAGACGAAGAAGACCGAGUGUUUUUAGUUGGAGCACCUAAUUUUAUGGGCCUACGGAAAGCAACUGUCGUGGACGUAAUUGCAGAUGAAAGCGAAGAAGUGAUCACCGAUAACUUGCAAUCUCCAGCACAAAGUCGAAAGGAUUUUCGGUCGAGUUUUCUUUUUGAAACAGCUGUUUCAAGUUCCGAUGGCGUUGCGGAAAUACAAUCCAAAGUUCCGGAUUCGAUAACCACUUGGAGAAUAACCGCGUUCAGUUUGAGUAAUUCUAGCGGGUUGGGACUGACUUCGGUUCCGGCAAAACUUAAGGUUUUCCAACCCUUUUUUGCUGUGCUCAAUUUGCCCUUCAGCAUAGUGCGGUAUGAAAACCUAACUGCCGAAGUCCUUGUCUUCAACUACAUGUCACAGCAACAGGAUGUCAGAGUUCAGUUGGAAAUCCGCAAUCCUGAUAAGACAACUGUGCACUUAAAUAAGAACAUCGUUGCAAAACGAAAUGAAGGAGUGACCGUUGCUUUCACCAUAGUACCACAACAAAUUGGGGAUUUAAUUCUAGAAGUGACUGUCCAAUCUGCGUUUGCCGCUGAUCAGAUGGAAAAAAUGUUGCCGGUUAAACCGGAAGGCGUGAAGCAAUAUUACAGUCGACCCGUUUUUAUUGAUCUGCGCCAGUCACUAAAUUUUGAUCUUCCGGUAACACUGCCUCCCGACCCAAUUGGGAAAGUUGCAGGAUCAGACCGAGUGGAAAUUCGAUUCGUUGGUGAUAUUUUGGGUGCAGCCAUGAAUAAUUUGGACAAACUGAUUCGUUUGCCAUUUGGAUGUGGAGAACAGAACAUGGCUACAACGACACCGAAUCUCGUUGUUGCAAAAUAUUUGAAGCAGCUCAGUCAGCUUGCCGAACCCCAGAAAUCAAAACUGAUAUCCAACAUUCAACUGGGAUAUCAGCGAGAACUAACCUACCGUCACACUGAUGAUUCGUAUAGUGCUUGGGGAAAUGCCGAUCGAAUUGGGUCAACUUGGCUCACGGCCUAUGUUGCCCGAGUGUUUUCGGAAGCGAAGGAAUUUGUUACGAGCAUUGAUGACACCGUUGCUAAGUCUGCAUUGCGCUUCCUAAUGAAGCAACAAGAUCAGGAUGGGUCCUUCGUAGAACACGGAAAGGUCAUCGAUAAACAGCAUCAGGGUGGAGCUUCUGCGGGGGUUGCAUUGACAGCGUUCACCCUCUUAUCAUUUUUGGAACAUGAAAACUCUGGUGAUGCUUCGAUUAUUUCUGCAAAAGAAAAUGCUGUCGCAUUUUUGGAGUCCCGUGUCUCAACUCUGGCCAACGAUUCUUACACUUUGGCUAUCACAGCAUACGCACUGGGAAUGGCCAAGAGCACGAAAAGCGCCAUUGUUUUGGACCUGUUAGAACAGCGAAUGAUCAAAAAUACUUCUGUCGCAUACUGGACUACUGUCGCUUCGCUCUCCGAUCAGGGAGCAGAUGACACGCAUUCUUAUCCAACAAAUGCUAAAGACGUUGAAGCAACGGCAUAUGCAUUGUUAGCUUUCUUAGCUAACAAUAAGUUCUCGUCUUCCCUACCUAUUGUCUCCUGGUUGAUAUCCAAACAAAAUGCUGAAGGUGGUUUCGUUUCGACACAGGAUACUGUUGUCGGACUAACCGCAUUGGCUGAAUUUGCAAAAGCUUUCAUUAAUCCGCCAUCGAUGCGUAUCGACGCUGAAUACGAGCAAAAUACACAGAGCAUGUCGCUCACUCCUGAAACAUCAGUUGUUCUGCAAAGUAUCGAGCUACCGAACAAACCGCAGACCGUUAAUAUAAAAGGUCAGGGCAAAGGUGUUGCCAUUGCUUAUCUGAGCUGGACGUACCACAUUGCUAAACCGGCUGAGGAUGUCGCGUUCGACCUAAAUGUUAGCACGACGACCUCUGUAGCUGAUAUGCGAAUGCGAAUCUGCAGCAGAUAUAUUCGCGAGGGACAAAGCAGCAUGGCGGUCAUUGAAGUAAAUGCGCUUUCCGGCUACCAGUUCGACGAAGAUGAAGUUCGCAGACUAGUUCAAACUGGUCACUCUCUGCGAAAAACUGAGUUGGAAAACAAGGAAACCAAGUUGAAUUUGUAUUUUGAUCAGCUGAAGCAGUCAGCAACGUGUUUCAAGCUGACACUGUACAGAGUCUACAAAGUAAAAGACCUCAAAGAUCAAAGCAUUGUAGUAUACGACUACUACAAUCCUAAGGAGAGGCAAACAGUCUCAUUCAAUCUCUAAAGCCAUCUACUACAGACAGGAAUCAUGUAUUUCCAACAAAUUUAUCUGGAUGGCAAACUUCUGUAAACUACUUGGAUUCCUGUGAAGCACUGUUUGCGCUUUCUCGCACGUUAAACAUCUAUCCCCAGAUGCAACUGUUUUGUUCUGUGCUCUUGGUAUAUUCUGUGCACUAGUGCAGAAUUGCAAAUAUUUCUUUCAUACGAGUUUCGAUUUUAGGGUUCCACACACAGAAAUCAACGGUUCAAAAAGCGUACGCAAUUUUUCUGGGCAGAUGUACAGAAACAUAUCGGUUAAUAACUUGAUCGGGACAUAUGAGAGAAAUGUUACAUGCUUUCACCUUGUGCAGAUACUGUAGCUGUAUUACUAAUGCUUCACUGUCAACUGCAGUACAAGGAGUUAUAACAAUACGU